UCCUCAGUCAAAGGUCAUUCUCCUGUGUGAAUUGAAAUACAAUCUAUGGACAAGUAAUUCCGCUGAGAGGUACAGAACACUACUGCGGGGCAUUGGACAUCCCUGAUAAGCAAGGUUGCUCAGUAAGUGCAGUAGUUCUAAGAUUUGAAUGAAAGGCAUCUGCCAUUCUCUAUCCAGAGGUGGUCCCGUCGACUAGUAGACCCAGCUGUAUUCACUGAGCUGACAUCUUACUCAUACCUUCAUUCCUCAGAAUUGAAUUGCGGGCGAAGGUUCAAUAGUCUACCUGUUGCUGUCCGCUUCCUCCCAGCUCAGCUCCUAUAACUGCUGUCAGUGGGCAAGAGGUACGGAUAGUUUAUUUGAUCCAUUAUUUCACCACCUGCGAGUCCAUACGUUAGCGACUUCAACUGACCGGGGAUAUGGAAGAAGCCCUCAACAGCACUAUACAUCCGACCUGUUUACAAGAACCUCCGCCGGCUGUCGAUAUCAUAAAGCAGCUGGAUAUCUUUGGGGUGGCUCUGUACUCCAUGCUGACCCUCAUGUCUACAAUGUCCCUGCUACUAUACCUGGAGGAGUGUGUGUUUAUCUAUAGAAAAGUCCCGUCUCCCAAGAAGACAACUAUUAUGUGGGUAAAUGGAGCUGCACCGGUCAUUGCUACCAUGGCUUGUUUUGGUAUGUGGAUCCCAAGGGCAACCAUGUUUACAGAUAUGACCUCUAAUUCGUACUUUGCAGUGGUGGUGUAUAAGGUCUUAAUUCUGCUGAUAGAGGAGAGUGGGGGUAGCGAGACCUUUCUGAAGCGCAAUUACAAGAAAACCUUCAAGAUCAGUACAGGACCAUGCUGCUGCUGCUGUCCUUGCCUGCCCCGCGUUCUGGUGACACGGCGUAUGUUAUUCCUGCUGAAGCUGGGGGCUCUUCAGUAUGCUAUCUUAAAGACACUUCUCUCAAUCCUCUCCAUAAUAUUGUGGACCAACGGCAACUUUGAUAUUUCUGAUCUUGAGAUCACAAACACGGCGAGUUGGAUCAACCCAUUUACAGGGGUUCUCACCAUCAUCUCCCUUUGGUCUGUCGCCAUCAUGUUCAUGAACACAUGCAACACACUGCGUAGCGUCAGGAUCAUACCUAAGUAUGCCAUGUACCAGCUGGUGCUGGUGCUCAGUCAGUUGCAGACGGCCAUUAUUAACGUCCUGGCCUUGGAUGGAACCAUUGCCUGCUCCCCGCCCUUCUCCUCUAGAGCCCGUGGCACCAUGUUGAGUCAGCAGCUAAUGAUUGUGGAGAUGUUCAUCAUCACCCUGGUCACCCGGGCAUUGUACCGCCGCACUUAUGACCCACUGCCCUCCGACCCCCACGGGACUGACAACGACCAGAACACCAAUAUCAGCCCACAGGCACCACAGUGGGAGCCUGCUGCCUGAGAGAUUGUGGUGGAGUGAAUAGAGAGAGUGGUGUGUGUGUGUGUGUGUGUGUGUGUGUGUGUGUGUGUGUGUGUGUGUGUGUGUGUGUGUGUGUGUGUGUGUGUGUGUGUGUGUGUGUGUGUGUGUGUGUGUGUGUGUGUGUGUGUGUGUGUGUGUGUGUGUGUGAGAGAGAGAUGUAUCAACAGGCUUUAAUAACCUCACUAUAUAACCUCACAAAUAUUAAUUUACAGUAGCUAGGUUUCGAACCUGUUGGCACAGAUUUUCAUUUGAAUAUUCUAAAAUUUGCAGAAAUCAAAUAUGUGAAUUUUCCCACAAGAGAUGUAUUUCCAUCAAAAUUACUUGUAGAUAAAAGUAUUUGCAUGAUGACAUAGUGCUACAGGUGCACAUAAAAAUGACUUUUACGGGUAAAUGCCCAUAUACCGAAUAAAAAAUACAAGUAAAAUGGGUUUCCAUCGCAUUUUCAACUCUACUGAUGGCUUUGUCACAAAAAAAUAUUGUGUUAUUUAGCGAAUGUGCCCACUCUAGUAUUGGCACGUUCGCUCUAGCCAACAGCUCGUUCGGGUAUAGCCUAAAAAAUGAGAUUAUUAUGGACAAAAGAACAAUAUUAUUUUUAUUUGUCAAAUGGCAGUCAAGCAUCGAUCAUCAUGUCACCAAAAUAAGACCCGCGAUAUUUAUUGGAACGGAGCAUCAAGCUCAUCACUUUAGGCUUUCACCACAUACAGAGACACAGACCAGACCAGGUUGGAGGGCAUUUCGGUAGAAUGCGUUCAGGUGUGCAACUGACUUGGUAUCCCCUUUCUUCUUUUCCACCCUGUGAAGUUCAUCCUUAAUGAUUUCAUCUGUAACCUACUUAAUUAACUUCAUACCUUCCCGAGUCAUAGUGGUAGGACCACACAGCAUGUCAUCGCGUGACUUCAAAUGUACUUCUAUAUUAUGGUUAGUAUAUCAAUAUUUGAGAAUAAAAGCGUUUCCGCCGACAUUUCUAGCAUAAGGAAUUUUACCGACAUUAGACAAUCCUACCUUGCCUAGUAUAUUAUGUUUAUUUGAAAUGUGGAAAGUUUACCAACAAAUGUUCUGUUUCCCAUCAGGCCUGUCAUGACAUUUUUUAUCCGACAUGUACAUUACUCGCAUAAAAAGGUUGGAUGGAAACAUGGUUACUAUUGUUGUAUUUUUAUGACUUUUGUCUUGAUUGUGUCCUAUAUUCUGCUGUUGUAGUUUUUGGUUAAUCCUGUAGGCCUAUAACAUAGAAUUACUGUAGCCUAUCUUAAAAGUUUAGUUGUAUUAUGCUGAAUAUAACGUUAGGACAUAUACCUCCAACAACAACAUAUCUGUCCCAUCCAUAUUGCCUCAGCUCUUAGCACGGCUAUGUGGAGUUGGAUAUGUGAGGGUUUUGGAAAUACGUUUAUAAACCGAAAUGGGUUAAAUAGAUGGAUCAAAUGUGUAUUUUGUAUUCAUAUCAAUAAAUAUAGUGUAUUACAUCUUUAUGCAAA